AUGGCUCUUGGAACACCCGAAAGCAUUGUGGCAUCCCCGCCGAAGGCCACGCAUUCUUUCACGCCACCUCUGCAGGAUCUCUUAUGGCUCAACGUCUACAGUCGUCGUCCACUCCUUGAUGCGCACUGGAAGGCGCUUCUAUACGUGGUAGAGUCCAGAGGCGGCCAGGAUCUGCCCAGUAUGGAAUUUCACAACUACCAAAUCCACGUGGCAGACGCGAUUCAGGCAUCGCUGAAGUUGAGCGCCCCGUCACUGCCGCUUUGUCAGAGGUAUCGAGAGCUGCGGAAGAUUGAGAACAGGCACAAUGCUUUUGGUGUUGCGGGCAUCGAAAUCUCUUUCGAGGCUUUUGGCAAAUCCAUAUCACUGCCAGAAUGCGCCUUGUCACCAAACGUCAUUGAGGCUCUGGUCGAUCUAUACGCAUACACCACCCUGCUCGAUCAAUACUGUCGGGAAGCACACGACGACCACAACCUCGCCAGAUUGGGGCUGCAUCGUGUGUUGGUCCAACUGCAACUAAUGUCCGCUCUCUUCCCUACAGAAAACGGUGACCUGGACCAGCCAUCAUCGGAUAAUCGCCUGGGCGCAGUCAUCAAGAGUGCUGCGCUUUUAUUCGCUCUGGCAGUGACGUUUCCAGUGAGCAAUCCGGAGCCAGUGCAGAUAGUCGUUGGGCGCCUCAAAGCCGCAUUGGAGAACGUGGGAAUUAAGGCAUCAACCAGCGACUCUCACCAGGAUAUCUACACCUGGGCUUGUAUACUUGGAGCUCUUGGUGCUUCGGACGUGCCUCAGAAGGAGUGGUUCGCAUCUCAACUCGCCAACCAGGAGUUCGAGCGAAGUCGGAGAACAGCUGGGCUCUCUCAGUGCUCAUCUUGGGAUGAGAUAUACCAAGUACUCGCCCGAUUUUUGUGGCUGGAUCUGGCAUGUAACACAGCAGCUCAUAAGGUCUGGCUGCAAGUACAGGAGAUGGUGACAAUUCGGCUGAACCAGUCGAGAAUUCUGGAGACUACGUGA